GGCGGGGCGGGGCCGGGGCGAGGGGUGCCGGGUGGUUUCCGCCCGGCAGCCCGCAGCCCGCUGCGCCCCGGGCCGCGUCUCCCGGCGGUGGGAGGGGGCGGCCCCCACUCGGUUCCUGGCCCCUCGCGGCCCCGUCAGCCUCCCGCUCGGGGUGCGCCGCCCUUCGUCUGGGUCUCCGCCCCCAGGACCCGCGGCCGAGAGCUCCGGAGCGCGGCUUCCCCGGCCGGCUGCGCGAUGGGCUGCGGGAACUCCACCGCCACCAGCGCGGGCGCGGGCCAAGGCCCUGCAGGAGCAGCCAAAGAUGUAACAGAAGAAUCCAUAACAGAAGAUGACAAGAGGAGAAACUAUGGAGGAGUAUAUGUUGGCCUACCAUCUGAAGCUGUCAAUAUGGUGUCCAGUCAAACAAAGACGGUUCGGAAAAAUUAGAAGAAAAUAACAUCAUGACUCAAGAAUCAAGAGCUUGCUCAUCAGUUUGGAAGGAAUUUGGCUCCGUGGGACAUUGUAAUGUGCACAGACAUUUCCAAGGAAAUUCUAAACAGUCACCCUUCCCUUUUGCAUUCCCCCAAAUCUUAAGUGUAUACAUAAAACCCUGGGUACAUAUUGUUGUGGUAAUAGAAGGGAAUUGGUUAAACAGUA